CCCAUAAUAAUAAUAAUAAUGCAAAAUUCCGUAAGCUCUCUCUCUAGCUUUUGCUGUGUGUAUGGUUUUUCUUAUCAAAGAGUAGCUAUAUAGUUAUAGUGCUUUCAACACCCCCACGACCCUUCUUACACCUCUCCCUCUCUCUCUCUCUCUCUCUCUCUCUCUCAUAGAUUUUCCGGCCAUCUUUUCUAUCUCCUCCGGCUUUCUUCUUCAUGGCGCUAGAGACUUGGCUAAUCAAAGUGAGGACAGCAAUAUCCAGCAAACUUAUCGACGCAGCGCGAGCCGCCGCUCCGACCACAAACCUUAAACUUCCCAAGAAGUCCCAGACGCUCGGAGUACUGGCUUUCGAAGUCGCCGGCCUCAUGUCGAAGCUUCUCCAUCUCUGGCAAUCCCUCUCCGACCACUCCCUUCUCCUCCUCCGCCGCGACUCAGCCGCCCUCGAAGGCGUCCGGAAGCUCGUCUCGGCCGACGACGCCUUCCUCCUCUCACUAGCCCGCGCCGAAAUUUCCGAGACGCUCCGCCACGUGGCCGACUCCGUCUCCCGACUCAGCCACCGCUGCCGCGACUCCGACCUCCGUAGCUUCCGCCGACUCUUCCACGAGUUCGGCGACUCAGGCCGCGACCCCCUCCUCUGGGUCUUGCCCUCCAAGGAAAUCGAAGCUAAGAACCGGAGAAUGGACCGCCUCGUGGCCGCCACGGCAGCGCUCUACCGCGAGAUGGAGGAGCUAUCGCAAACGGAAAACGCCCUGAGAAAAACCUCGCCGGCGAAGGAGCAUAAAAUCUCCGAUCUCCAGCAAAAAAAUUUCCUCCAAAGACAAGAAAUUAAGUACCUAAAAGAGAGAUCCCUAUGGUCCCGGAGCUUCGACGCCGCCGUUUCGCUGCUUGCGAGAUCGAUCUUCACCCUUCUCGCGAGAAUCAAAAUCACGUUCGGCGUACCCAACUCGCUUCCCCGGAGCCUCUCCGCCUCCGCCGCUGUGCACCCCAGCUCCGACGAAGUGAAAAUUCAGAGCAACGGGUUUCUAGAAGCGAACUCGAAACUCCUGAAGCCGGCGGCGACCACCCUAGGCGCGGCGGCGCUGGCCCUGCACUACUCGAACUUGAUCAUCGUAUUAGAGAAGAUGAUAAAGUCGCCGCAGCUGGUGGGGCCCGACGCGAGGGAGGAUCUGUACGGGAUGUUGCCGAGGAGUUUGCGGUGGUCACUGAGGCGGCGGCUGAGAGGAGUGGGGUUCUGCGCCGGCGACCCGAAGCUCGCCGGAGAAUGGAAGGAUGCGUUGGGAAAGAUAUUGGGGUGGCUGGCGCCGUUAGCGCAUAACAUGAUAAAGUGGCAGAGCGAACGGAGCUUUGAGCAUCAGAAUUUGGCGCCUAAAACGAAUGUUCUUCUGUUCCAGACUCUGUAUUUCGCGAAUAAGGAGAAGACGGAGGCCGCCAUCACAGAAUUGCUUGUGGGGUUGAACUAUGUUUGGAGGUUUGAGAGGGAGAUGACCGCUAGGGCUUUAUUCGAGUGCGCAAACUUCAAUGGGUUUUUGCAGAAUAGCUCUACUGGUUAAGGAGAGGAGAUUGAUGCUUUUUCUUUUUGUGGAAAAUUUCUUUGUUUCUGUUAAUUUUUUUGGGGUUUGUCCAUUUUUUGAUGGGCUCUUUAGUUUUUAUUUUUGGUGGGUGAUUUUGUUGGGUUUGUUUUAAUUUGCUUCUAACCUGGCCUGGUCUCUGUAGAUGAUGAUAUAAAGGUUCGUGAGCUCUGUAAAUGAUGAUAUGAUUUGAGUAAUUAAUUGUUCAAAGCCAA